AUUGUGAGGAACUUAAUCUAGGUGAGACAGGUGAAGGGGAAAGCGCAGCGAUAAGCGAGACACUAUAUCUCCUUCUCUUCUUUAAGUGUGUCAUAUGCACAUAGGGCUCUGUCAGGAGCUGAUAACGUGAUACUGAUCCUUUCUUUUACACAUAACACUGAUUUUUCUCUCUGCGUUUGCAUAGCCCUGGAUCAAAUAAUUCACCAUCAUCUGUGAGAAAGGAAGCUGCAGCCUCUUCUUGUUCCUCUCUUCCCCCCCAGUGAAUGAGCAGCAGCGGCUCUCCUGCUCCAACACAACCCCGUGUUUGGUUACAAGAAACAUGACUGAAGCAGAAUCAAACAUGUCGACAGGAAAGGAAACGACGUUAAGUGAAAACACACUCUUCGGGAUGGGAAAUCCCUUGCUUGACAUUUCAGCUGUUGUGGACAAAGAUUUCCUUGACAAGUUUGGACUGAAGCCGAAUGACCAGAUCCUCGCGGAGGACAAGCACAAAGCCUUGUUCGCAGAAAUUGUCAAGAGGAACAAAGUCGAGUACCAUGCCGGUGGUUCAACACAGAACUCAGUGAAAAUUGCUCAGUGGAUGAUCCAGGAACCCCAUAAGGUAGCUACCUUCUUCGGGUGCAUCGGGGAGGAUCACUUCGGGGAGAUCCUGAAGAAGAAGGCGGAGGAAGCGCACGUCGAUGCGCAUUACUACGAGCAAGACGAAGAGCCGACCGGUACCUGUGCUGCUUGCAUCACUGGAGACAAUAGGUCCCUUGUCGCUAACCUGGCAGCGGCAAACUGCUACAAAAAGGAAAAACACCUGGACUUGGACAGCAACUGGGAGCUGGUGGAGAAAGCCAAGGUCUAUUAUAUCGCGGGGUUUUUCCUCACCGUGUCCCCGGAGUCCAUCCUGAAAGUGGCGAAGCACGCUUCAGAUAACAACAAGAUCUUCUGCAUGAACCUCUCAGCGCCUUUCAUCAGCCAGUUCUUUAAAGAGCCCUUGAUGCAGGUCAUGCCCUACGUCGACAUCUUGUUUGGCAACGAGACAGAGGCAGCCACAUUUGCCAAAGUGCUGGGCUUUGAGACAGAGGACAUCGCAGAGAUUGCAAACAGGACCCAAAAUCUCCCCAAGGACAACGCAAAGAGGCAGCGAGUGGUGGUCUUCACCCAGGGCAAGGACGACACUGUUGCAACAGUUGGUGAGAGGGUGACCAUGUUCCCAGUUUUGGACAUCGACCAGAACGCCAUUGUGGACACCAACGGAGCAGGAGAUGCCUUUGUGGGAGGAUUCCUCUCUGCAUUGGUCCAAGAGCAAGCAUUGGAGGAGUGUAUCCGGGCCGGGCACUAUGCUGCAAACGUGAUCAUCAGACGAGUUGGAUGCACCUUCCCAGAGAAGCCAGACUUUCAGUGAUGCAUUCGACUAUGCACAUUUUUCCAAAAGAUACUUGUAUAUGUAUGCUUCAGGAAUUUAUGUACAUUGUUUUCUAUUUACAGUAACUGACUACAAGGGACUUAAUGCUGUAGCUUGACUAUUUAAUCAAGCUUAAAAAUAAGCAGAUGUUUUAAUAUAUUUCAAUCACUAUACUACUUUACAACAUUGGUUAACAUUUUUAAGUAAGUAAUGUGCAUCUUAAGUAUCAUAUACUGAACACCUGUAGGCAUAUGGGGUAGCAUAAUGUUUCAAAAUGCAUCACCACUUGUGUGUAACUUUCUCCAUUAUUGGUCCUUAUGUUUUUUAUGUUUCUACUCAGGAUCUCAACUACAGAGCUUAACACUCCAGUUCUGUCUCUUCAUUGCUCUUAAACUUUUCUAGAAGUAGUUUAAAAAUGGAAUAUGUUGUGUGUUUCUGUUGUUUUGCAAAGCAAUAUUAAUUUAGGUUUGGACCAGGGGUGGAGAAGUACAUUAUCCUGCAGGAUAAAUACAAAAAGUUUGUUUUUUGUGCUCUUAAGUGAAGGACGGCUGCUGUGGUCAGCUUUCGAUUCGCAGAAGUUACAAUCGAUUUUUAAAAGUGACCCAGAGUCACGGCCCCAAAACUUCCAUAGCAACUUUUCAAAACAUUCCUACUGCACAAUUUAAUUCUCUGCUUUCUAUUACUAUCUUCCAACCAAUAUCCCUCUGCUAAAAAACUGUUUAUUAUUCUUCUGCCAUUAAAGCUCCCAAGCUACGACCAGGCAUUUAUUUGAGAAAGAAGUAUUUGUUUUUGGAAUGCAAACAAUGUGUGCCGUCCUCCACAAAGCGCAAAUCUACAAACUUUUCACAACAGUCUUUCAAGCCUGCAGGCACUGAGUGUUGUGAUACUAUAUGCUAAGAAAAAGUUCAUUUUCAGCUGAGUACUCCUUUAAUAUUCAGACUCUGUGGGAAUAAGGGAUGAGGCUCCAUCACAGGGUAACCUUGCAACUUUAUUGGGGAAUUCUGGGAAUAAUCUCUUUGUUAUAACACAAAUAAAAAGAAAAUCAAACACAA